AUGUAAUUAUAUACCUCAUUAUAUCGUUUCUCCAGAUUGGUUCCAAGAUAGAGAUUAUCUUUAAAUUAGGCUGAUCCUACAAUAUAUACCUUGAUUUAAGAAGAAAUCAAAAGACAAAGAGAAAGUAUCAAUUUGAUACCAUCUGAAAACCAUAGCUCAAAAGCAGUGUUGGAAGCUUUGGGUUCUGUGAUGUCAACCAAAUAUGCUGAAGGUUUACAUUUCUAUAAAUUAAAAAUAGGUUAUCCUGGAGCCAGAUAUUAUGGAGGAACACAAGUGUACGAUAAAGUGGAAUUGCUUUGUUAAUAAAGAGCUCUGAAUGCAUUUAAUUUAAAUUCUAAUGAAUGGGGUGUUAAUGUUUAAAUGUUGUCUGGAGCUCCUGCCAAUUUUGCAAUUUACACAGGGUUACUCGCCCCUAAAGAUAGAAUAAUGAGUUUAGAUCUUCCACAUGGAGGUCACUUAUCACAUGGAUAUCAAACUGAAACUAAAAAAGUUUCUGCUGUUUCUAGUUACUUUGAAGUCAUGCCUUAUAGAUUAAAUGAAGUAAGAAACAAUAAAGUAAAAUAUUUAGGAAACAGAACUUAUAGAUUAUGAAUAAUUGGAAGUUUUGGCAAAAGCAUUUAGACCUAAAUUAAUAGUUGCAGGAGCAUCUGCUUAUGCAAGAAUUAUAGAUUUUCAAGCAAUCAGAAAAAUUUGUGAUAGUGUUAAAGCAUAUUUAUUAGCUGAUAUUUCACAUACAGCAGGUAUGAUGGCAGCUGAAUAAUUACCAAGUCCAUUCCCAUAUGCAGAUGUUGUAAUGACUACAACUCAUAAAUCGUAUCAAAUAACUUAAUAACUUUUAGAAUGAGAGGACCAAGAGGAAGUCUUAUUUUCUAUAGAGUUGGUCAAAAAGAAGUAGACAAAAAUGGAAAACCUAUCAAUUAUGAUCUAAAAUCAAAAAUAGAUCAAGCCGUCUUUCCUGGUUUGUAGGGAGGACCCCAUUUCCAUACUAUUACAAGUAUAGCUGUAGCUUUGGAAGAGGCCAAAACUCCUGAAUUUAAGAAUUAUCAAAAGAAUGUCUUAUUGAACAGCAAAAAAUUAGCAGACGAAUUAUUGAAGAAAAGUAAUACAUUCUAAAUAAUAAAAAGACUUUUCUUUGGUUUCAGGAGGAACUGAUAAUCAUUUGGUAUUGGUUAAUUUAAAACCAAAAUCAAUUGAUGGUGCAAGAGUGGAAUCCAUUUUAUAAGCUGUCAAUAUUUCUGUUAAUAAGAAUACUGUUCCUAAAGAUAAAUCAGCUUUGGUACCAAAUGGUUUAAGAAUGGGGUAAGAUUGAAUUAUAUUAUAUAUAGAUCAGUGCCUAUGACAUCUAGAGGAGUUAAUUAAGAUGAAUUUGCUUAAAUAGCUGAUUUCAUUGAUAGAGGUGUAGCUAUAGCUUAAAAAGUUAAGGGAGAAGCUGGACCAAAAGUAUAAGAUUUCAAAGAUUGGUUGGCAAAGAAUGGUGACUAACAUCCUGAUAUACAAAAACUUAAAAAUGAUGUUGUAUCCUUCAGUUCUCAAUUCCCUGUUCCUGGAUUGGAUUGAUUAACAAAUAAAAAAUAAAUAAUAAUUAG